CAGCCGGUCUUCACCGACAGAGAGAUCUCACCGCUUUCGACCACACUCCUUUGGACGGCGAGAUGUUUCUCCAGGCACUAAACGGAUUCCUCAUGAUACUGACCUGUGAAGGAGAAGUAUUCUUCGCCACACACAGUAUAGAAGGUUAUUUAGGGUUUCACCAGUCAGACAUCGUCCACCAAUCUGUCUACGAGCUGGUCCAUUCGGAGGACAGGGAGGAACUGCAGCGGCAGCUGAUGUGGAACUCGUUUCUUCCGCCAGAGUCCGCCAACAUGGGCCUCCAGGACGUUCUCCUACCGGAGAACUGCCACUUGCUGGAAAGGAGCUUCACAGUGCGCUUCCGAUGUCUUCUAGACAAUACUUCCGGUUUCUUGCGUUUAGACAUCCGCGGUCGUGUCAAGGUGCUCCACGGUCAGAACCGCAAGUCGGAAGAACCGCCCCUGGGUCUCUUCGCGAUUUGCACGCCUUUUGGACCCCCUUCCCUGCUGGAGAUACCCCAGAAGGAAGUCAUGUUCAAGAGCAAACACAAAUUAGAUUUAGCGUUAGUUUCUAUGGAUCAACGAGGUAAAAUGUUAUUAGGUUAUUCGGAUUCUGAACUAGCUAGUAUGGGUGGUUAUGAUUUGGUUCACUACGACGAUUUAGCUUAUGUAGCCAGUGCUCAUCAGGAAUUAUUAAAAACUGGUGCAUCGGGGAUGAUAGCCUACAGGUUUCAGACCAAGGAUGGACAGUGGCAGUGGCUACAAACCAGCUCUAGAUUAGUAUAUAAAAAUUCCAAACCAGACUUCGUCAUCAGCACGCACCGUCCCCUGAUGGAGGAGGAAGGUCGCGAUCUCCUCGGCAAGCGCACCAUGGACUUCAAAGUCAGCUACUUGGAUGCCGGUCUUCCAAACAACUACUUCUCCGAAAACGACCAGCUGCUGUCUACCACGCCCAACGUGACGCAACACAGCAUAUCAACCACGCCGUCCAGAGUCAACAGGAGAUACAAGACCCAGCUGAGGGACUUCUUGUCCACCUGUCGGACGAAACGCAAACUAUCGCACGGAUCCUCUAGUGGUCAGGUUACCCCCCCGUCCAAUGCCACAGUCACCACCGCCGUAGUCAGCCCCAUGCCCACGGUGGACUACAUCACCCCCGACGGCUGCACGGCCUACAACAUGUACACCACUCCCUACCCCACCGCCACCCCCGACCACAGCCUGUCGUACAUGAGCCAUUCCAAUUUCCAGCACGGGUUGUACCCAACGCCUACAGCGCUGGACAACCGUUAUUUGACGUCAACCGAGAACCUGUUCCAUCAGUACCGACCACUGAGCUCAUACUACCCGGAUUACCACCACACCCCGGCGACGACUCCCUACGUCGGCAACGGCUUCUUGGACAUGUCCUCCAGGACCGCCGUACCCACCUACGACCCUGCAGCUACCACGGCUAGUCACCACACCACGUACAGAGCCACGGUGAUGCCUGUGGACGACAAGAUUUACCCUUGCCAGCAGGUCGUGGACACCACCACAGCGAAGUACCCCACUUAUAUGGAUAGUUCGAGGGGGUACGUCGUUCCCAACUCCACCAAGUGUUUGGACGUGUCCUGGCCCUACUCUGUGAGUCCGUCUUCGGGGAUCAUACAACCUAUACAAGUUAUGAGCACGCAGCUGGAACUGGGACAUAAAGAUUGUGGGAAACUCUCCAAGCACCCUUCCGUGGACGGACUCGCGUCCAAUCACUCCUCUUCUCCGGUGAACACGGGAUUGAUAACACCGAAGAUGGAGGAGAUCAAAGCCGACACAUCCCUGAUCCACCAAUCCGAGAGCCCCACGCACCACAUGGGUCAGAACUCAGCAACCCCACAGCACUUUUCCCCGGUGGCGACGACGGUUACGGAGAUGCCGAGGCAGACGGUGCUGAUGUGGGGAUCCAACCACAUACACACCUCCCCACCGUCGACAAACAGAUCGCCUUCGGGGGCCGCCGAGUACUCGCUGGCCUCGGUACCCCAGAACGAAGGUUGCGACGCUCUGAAGAGCCUCGCGGAGAUCAGCAACCCGGACAUGUGCAAGUGGAACGGUGAGGAAAGCAAGCCGGAGAACGUGGUGCAGAACAGUGACCCGGACAGUCCGCACCAGCACCACUCCAGCCACCACAGUCACCACAACUCCAGGGUGGUGAUGGUUCUAUGAUGAACGUGUUAUCUGCUGGCCGACGGGCCGGUUGUACAUAGUUAUAAAUACUUUUAAUAAAUUGCACAUAAUUUAAUAUUUCACUGAUAUUAUACAGAAACAUAUCUUCCUGCAUUGUGUUUUUGUUGUCAAUGUCUUCGAAUUUAGGGAACUAAUUGGUUAGACGUCUCGUUGGGAUGACCAGCUGGGUAGUGUUGGGCUUAGAUGGCCUGAUUGGUAGCUCGGUAAGGAUAUGAUGAACGGAUGAGUUGAAAUACAGAAUUAUGAAGAAAGCAUAAUCUAAAACUUGUUCGCCUUUUGCAAUUUUAGUGUUGGUUAGACAUAACUGUCAUAUUAAAUAUCACAGCUUAAUAUUUGUAGGUUAUAUCUCACUUAUAAUCAAAAAUUCUCGGUAAAUAGACACCCAAAUAGCUAAAUCGUUCGUCGUUAGACACAAUUAUGACAUACUAGUAAGAACUUAUAAAUCCAAAACCAGUUUAUGUCUUGGAGGUGUAAUCAAUUCUGGAUGGAGCAUAUAGUCCGCAGAGUAGUGGUCUUCUCCAAUAUCAUGAGUUACCAAUCUUAAUUAUAUUCAACGAUUUUAACACUUAUUUUUAUUUUACUAGUUUUCAAUAACAUCGGAACCAAAGAACUAACAUUAAAUAAAAUAUGUGCAGUUUGUUUAAUUCUUAUAACAAACUAGUCUAACCAAAAUGUAAUUUUUUUCAUAUUUCUGUAUUUUAAAUAGACCAGAGGUUAAAAUAUUAAUAAAUAUUACUAUAACACUCACAAUACAAACGUAAAAUGGUGCCUUUGAAAUUAAUUUAAAUGUGUAUUCAUAAAAAUCACGCUACUAUGCCAUACAAGCUAAGUUUUGAAUUUAAAAAUUGGUGCAGGAACAAACCAUAGUAAGUUACAUUUUACGUCGCAAAUCAUAGAUGGCGCUUUUAAUUGACCACGAAUAAAGUUCCUAGAUCGUCCAUCUAGGAACUUUCCUAUCAUGUGAAAUAUAAGACAGCAAAUAUGUUGUGAUAUUACUGUUUCUAAAAACCUCUCAAUAAUUAUGAUAAUUUUAGAAAUAAGUGCUUCAUAUGAUUCCAUUACGUGAACAGAAAGCUGUCAUUCCAACGGAACAUUUAAAUGUAAAAAUAUUAUAUAUAUGAGAGAAGUUAUAUGUAUUAUUUUUGAUAUAUUUUUAGUUGAGGCAUAUUUUGAUGCUUUGAAGGAAAUGUUCAUUAGUACCUACCUAUGUUUUGUUAUUUAUUUUUUACAUUUUUACGCAGUGAAACCAUGCUAGUCAUUCAACUGGUUAUUUGUAUAUGUUGUACAUUAUAUUAUUUAUAAAAAGGAUGUAUAGCCGAUCUGAGUUGUAAUCUAGGCGUAUUAUGAAUUUAAAUGCAAUUUAUAUUUUCUUUGACAGAGUUUGUUUAUUUUAUUAUUUCGCGUUUAGGGCGUAUUGUUUAUUUUUUUCGUAUAACUGAAACAUUGUAUCAGA